UAUUAAUGGGGCAGAUUUACGAGGUCUGUGUUUGCUCAGUUUCUAUCUGAACUUGUACUUGUAGUAAAUGAUUUAUAGAGGGGAUACGGGGGAAGGGGAGGAAGAGCAGCACGAGUUGAGAAACAGCAACCUAUAUAUGUUUGUGUCGUCACUGAAGAGUUCUCUUUAUUCUUCGUAAGAACCUGGAGAAAGGAGACACCUGGCUGGCUGGAUUUCCACACUGAUCCUGAAGCAACGAGGGACAAAAAAAAAAAAAAAAUGCAGGUUGGACGUCACUGAAGAAAUCACAGUCAAGCUACUGAAAGGAAACGCUGCCUUCUGUUUUGAACCAAUGGCUUCAUUAGUAUGGGACUGUUUGCUCUUUUUCCUCCCAUCCAUGUUGUUGUUCCUUCUCUCUCUGGCUCUCCGCUGGCCCAGAGUACGUUGCUGGACGAAGCUUGGCGUCAGAGCUGCUGGCUGGAAACUCUGGGUGAUCAUUUGCUGGAUCCUGGAGCUGCCACUAAACAGGACAACAAGGACCAAUUCACCGGGGACGGAUUUUUCGUCAGGACAGAUCUCAGAUGGACUCAGGAUCUUUUGCAAACCCACUGCUCUGGCCAAAUAUCUGCUCCGCCACUGUGGCUCCCUGACCAGGUCCAGACUAGCCGCCUGGCCAGAGGGAGACCCCCAUCUCCAGACCAUGUACAGCCUGCUGUGUGGAGAACCCAGAGACACACUGAGGUUUAACAGAGACCAUCUUCUGCUGAGGGACGGGGGAAUUGUAGCUCUGGACUGGGCUGUGGGGACAAGGCAGGGUGAGGCGGGCGUGAGGAAGAGGUGGGAGGGGAGGAAGGAGCACCAUCCAGGGGGAAAGGGGCUGGGAUGCUUCACCUCGACUCCUCCUGUUCUGCUGCUCAUCCCUCAGUACUGGGGAGGAGUGACUCCGCACCUAAAGGCACUGUGCCAUCAGGCGGUGCGUCAGGGGUUUUACGUGGUGGUGUUUCACCCCCGGGGCACGGCGGGAUGCGCACUGACCACCGCUCGACUCACUGAGUUUGGAGACCCAGCGGAUCUUGAGCAGGCGGUGGCGUACAUCCACAGCUGCCACCCGUCCUCUGCGCUGGUGGCAGUGAGCUCGGGCUCGGGCUCCGGGAUCCUGCUCUCCUAUCUGGGCGAGUGUGGAUCAAGCACACACCUGACAGCGGCUGCAGCCAUCUCACCUGUGCUCCUGGGCCAGCCGUGGUUUGAAGCGGCCAUGCCUCCCAUUUAUCGCUGGGGGGCGCUACUUCAGCGGAAACUGCUGCUCAGCAGAUAUGGAAGUUCCUUCAGGGGAGUUCUGGAUGUGGAUCGGGCCCUCAGAUCCACCUCCUUCAAAGACUUUGAGGAAACUCUUUUCUGCUCUUCGGCCCAGCUUCAGCAUCAAGGGGCGUCUCAGAGUCCUGGAAACUCAGAAUCAGGAUCUCUGGCCCCCUCAGUGACCUGGGCACUGGGGGAAAGGGCUUACCCAGCUGAGGACUGGGAGACGUACUGGGAGAGGAACGAACCGCUGAGAGAUGCUGAUGAGGUGGCGGUGCCUGUGCUCUGCAUCUGCAGCGGCGACGACCCCGUCCUCACGCCUGCCUCCGCGUUGCCCCUGCACCUUUUCCAGAGCAAUCCCUACUUCCUUCUGCUGUUGACGGACAGAGGAGGGCACUGUGGGUUCACUCUGGAGGCCGGUGAGGAGGAGGAGGAGGGGGAGGGGGAAGGAAUCUGGAGCCAUAUCGUGGUUUUGGAGUACUUCAGAGUGGUGGCCGAUUUCCUGAAAGGGGAGGAGAGGUGUGGCCCCCCAGAGGAAAACAGUCUGGCUGGUCUGAGGAACAGGACCCACAACGCGGCCUCUCAUCGUAGGAGAAGACCCACCGUGAUAAGGAGACAAAGGCCACCAGCACAUGAGCAGAGCUGCGUGGAUGCAGAGGAGGGGACCUUCAACUGGAAGAGGUCCUAUACACGCUGAGGAUGAGGAGAUGAUGAAGGGUGGAGGUCUGGAGAGAAGUGUUUUGACGGUUGACAGGGUUUCCAUUGUUAUCCUCAAUCAGGAUGAUGAAAGAAAAUCUACAGCGCAUCGGGAAACUAAAUGUGAGACUCGGAAAAUAAAACAGCAAAGGUCAGAAAAGAACAGAAAAAUCCAAAUGUUACCACAAAAGAUUCUGCCUGUCUUCCAUAGUUGGAAAUCCCAACAAUAAUCCUUAAAAUGUGAAUCCUAAAAAGCUCAUUUAUUGGGAUUUAGACUAAGCCAACAAACCAACAAUUCUAUUAACCAUCAAAAAGUAAAAAAAAAAAAAAAAAAAACUGUUCUGA